GUUGACUCCCAACCAAUAGCUAUGCUCUCUGAAGGCUCAAAUCGUUUUGCCCCUAAAAUUCCAGAUGUGAUUUUGUGACUGCUUUGUCCAAGGCAGCUGGAAGUGGCUUCCCCUUGAGUCAGUAUAGGUAUACAUUGAAACAGAAAAGAAAAGGCCAACAGUUUGGCAAGACUUGACAAGGACAUUUAAUUUUCUUAUAUAAUAAAAGGUUUCUAGAAUGUCCCAGCUAUUGGAACAUUGUGUCGAGUGAGGAUAGCAUAGGCCAAGCAUACUGACAUCGGAGAGAGAGAUGGGCUAACCAUUGUAUUGUUACAUGUGGGUGGAACACACAGUGCUUCCAGAGACUCGGUUUCACUGAAGUGAGUGGGUCUUCUCAAGAACCUCAUAUUGCCGGUCAUCUUGGACAUCUCUUCCAUCCUGAGAUCGGUCCUCACCACAUAAUCCUAUCUCUUCCACAGGUGUCCUCUACUUUCAGUGAUUGGCACUUCUUCAUGCAGCUGUCUUCUCUCUUGCAUACUGCAAUUGAUUCCUCUUAUGUCCAACUUUUCUGUCAGCACGUUUGCACUUUGUUGUUGCACAUGCACACUGAUGUUGCACAUCCAUCGAAGCACACCAGAUUCCAUUUCUCUCUAAUUUAUCUCUGUCUUCUGCAUUCAGGGGCCAUGUCUCAUUAUCAUGGAAUACAACCGUUCAUACACAAGCAUCAUACAGUCUGUCUUUUACUCUGAUAGAGGGAGUCCUCUAUAUAGUCUUUUAUCCUUUUCAGCCCAGUGGCUUUGACCAUGCUGGAGCACUGCCACUGUAAUCACCUUUUCAAUGGCCAAUCUUUUGUGAUUGGAAUGGUGGGGUGGGGUGGGGGAGUGAGGAUUAAGUUGUUUAACGAGAAACAGAUGAAAAGGGUCAAUUGACUAUAGAUCAAUCUUACACAACCACUAAUUAUUUCUUUUUUUCCUCUCAGCUAAAAUGUCCAAAUUAUUUAACGAGAAACUCUAUUGGCUGGGCCAGCAACUAUGGACUCUGUCUGUCACUACGAUGGUCUUACUAUUGGCUAUUGUCACCACUGUGCUGCAUGUCCUUAUAUUAGUGGUCAGCCAUUUAUGGACAUUGGUCUUAAUGCAUGUCUGGAAGAGACACCUGUCCCAGGGAGGCAGCAAACGAAAGCAGAUGGAUGAAAAGUUUGCUUACAGAAUUGGUCUUGAUGAAAACAUCAAACUUCCCGCUACAGGUGAAGAAGCUAUGCAAAGAUUGUUGAAUUGUCGUGGAAAAGACCCUUAUAGUAUUUUAGGUCUGAAAUGCCAGAGCACAGAUGAAGACAUAAAGAAGUAUUACAAGAAGCAAGCAAUUCUUGUUCAUCCAGACAAGAAUUCCCAAACUGGUGCUGAAGAAGCGUUCAAGAUACUUCACCAUGCUUUUGACAUGAUUGGAGAACCUGCCAAGAGACAACUCUAUGAUUCACAGGUUCAACAAUCACACCAGGCUGUGAGAGAUUUUGCUGAUCUUUUGGAAAAACUGAACGAGAAAUUUAAGAAGGAAGCUAAUAUGAUGAACUGUGACAAGUGUGGAGGCAAGCACCAGCGAAUCCCUCUCUCUCGACCUUGGUACAGUGCUCGUUACUGCCAAUCGUGUAAGACAAACCAUGCAGCUAACGAGGGUGAUGUCUGGGCUGAAUCAACAGUUUUGGGUUUCUUAUGGCACUACUACACCUGUAUAGAUGGAGUCAUAUACGACAUAACAGAGUGGGUAUCUUGUCAGAAGAAACUGUUCAAACAUAUGAAGUCAAAUGCACAUCGAGUCUCUUAUAGGAUUGAGCCAACAACGAACAAGACAAAAUCUUUCUGGACUGGGGAAAGUGAAGUGGAUGACUUCAUUCAUGACCUCCUCAACAUGAGUCGACAAUCCAAUGGUUCUGGCCCUCCACACUUCAACAACAACAACAGGUAUAACAGCAGUAGUGGUGGUGAUGGUGGUGGCAGUGGUGCGGGGUCUUUCUUCACCCCACCCUCAUCGGCUUCAUACCCUCCAACAUCAAGCUCAACCACCACCACCAAUGCUACAGCUGGUCGUAACACCAAGCGAAGACGGAGAAAGAAGAAGAACUGAGGAGAAAUUUUGGGUAGAUGGAUUGUCAGAUUUUGUUGGUGGUGGUCAUCUGUUUAUGACGUCAUACAAACCGUCAGUGCAUUUGGCUAUGUUGAUGAUGACAAUUAUAACGACAGCAGUUAUGGUGAUAAUGCUGACGGUUUAGCCAGUGUCGUGAUGACAGUAAAGAUUGUAAUGAUAAGUGUGGUGAUGACAGUGAAGUCUAAUGAUGACAAGUGUGGUGACAGCAGUA